UUAAAGGGCGUCUCCAGCUGCGAUAAGAAGACAAUGAUCAAACCAGACUGGAGUUACAAGGACAACUGAAUUGCAAAGUUCAAUUGCGCACUCAAUUCCUCUACUUCAAUCCAGCAACACCAUCGAGAACCUCAACCCAGCUAUCCUACCACCACCACUACUAUGACGUCCGAUAAGGUCACCUAUGUCCCCGCGGAGGAGAUCGACAAGGUCUUCGCGCACACCACGAACCUGGCUUCGUCGGGUCUCAAUACUAAAAUCCUCGCCUGCUCCGAUGAGUUCUUCGCCGCAGCCUCGAACCUGCUCACCCCGACUCCUCCCAUCAACCGUCCUGGUGUCUUCGUGCACACCGGCGCCUGGUACGAUGGCUGGGAAACUCGCCGGCACAACCCUGACCCCUAUGACUGGGUCGUGAUCAAGCUGGGUGUCGCCAGCGGCGCCAUCCAGGGCGUCGAAGUGGACACAGGUUUCUUCCAUGGCAACUAUGGCGAGAAGGCCGAGCUUCAGGGGACCUACGCACCCGCCGACAGCGGCAUCACAGACGAGCAGAUCGCCGACCCCAGCUUCAACGGCUGGACCACCAUUCUACCCCGUCAGCCUUGCGGACCAUCGCAGCGUCGCGCCUGGAAACUCAGCGACUACGACCCCGCCAAUCCCAAGCCCUACACCCACGUCCGCCUGCUGAUGUACCCCGAUGGCGGAUUCGCCCGUCUCCAAGCCCCCACCGAGGAACUCUCCUCCGCGCUGCUGGGCGGUCUGGCCUUGUCAGCAUCCAACCAGCACUACACGCCCAUCUCUAACCUGAUACUUCCUGGCCGGGGCAAGGACAUGGGCGAUGGCUGGGAGACCGCGCGGUCGCGCAUCCCAGGCUACACCGACUGGGCCAUCUUCCAGCUGGGUCUCCCCGGUUCGGUUGCCAAGAUCGUCGUCGACACCAAGGACUUCCGCGGUAACUUCCCGCGCGCCGUGCGGGUGCACGGUCUACUCGAGGGCACCCUGGCGGCCGGCGAGGUGCCUGCGCACGAUCAUCAGGGCUGGAUCCCCCUGCUCAGCGCCGACAAGUUCUGCAAGGCGGAUACCGAGCAUGUGUACGAGGGUGCUGAACUCGCUGCUGGUGGCGAGGACACCCGCACCUUCACACACGUCAAGUUGACCCUGAUCCCCGACGGUGGUGUCAAGCGGUUCCGUAUCUUCGGUCGUAGAGCCAACCGCCCCUAAGCUGUAAUCGCAUCGACUCCAUGCUGAUCGAUCCUGCUUUGUGGGGUGGAAACGGUCCACAGUUUUGUCUAAAUAUCUUGCCUUCAUUGUA